AUGCUCUCUCGAGUGUCUUUUGGCUCGAUAUGUAACCGUUGUUUGAUAUCUAGACGACAAUUUUCCACCUUCCCCUCUCAGCAUCAGCAAUCCACGCCGUCCCUCCCAUCACUUCCGCCACUCUCCGGCUAUACUCGACUUCCAACUCGAGCCCUCAUCGCUGUAACUGGGAAAGACAGCACGACUUUCCUUCAGGGACUAGUCACGCAGAAUCUCCUCACCGCACGGAAUACACCGGUGCCAAAAAGCGGAUUUUAUGCCGCGUUCCUGAAUGCGCCAGGGCGAGUGCUCCAUGACGUCUUCAUCUACCCUGUCCCACCGAACGACAGUUACAAUGGGACUUCAGACCUCGCAUAUCUCAUUGAAGUGGACAAGAACGAGGUUCAAACCCUGCUGAAACACAUGAAAAAACAUAAAUUGCGGUCAAAACUUGCGUUCCGUGCCAUGGACGAGGGUGAGCUUUGUGUCUUCAGCUUGUGGAAUGAGGAGGAUGCGGGGCAGUUGACGGAGUGCGAUUUCCAACUGGAUAAUGGAAAGUCACCGCCUUUUACGUGCGUGGAUACGCGCGCUCCUGGGUUUGGGUUCCGCUUCCUCGCGCCGGAGAAGGUCGUGAACGAGCAGCCGAUUAUGCCCGGUGAGAUGGUUGAUUUUGCUACAUAUAAUCUACGUCGGAUUUUAUAUGGUGUGCCAGAGGGCCAGAGUGAGAUUAUUAGAGAAUCUGCGCUGCCGAUGGAAUGCAAUAUGGAUAUAAUGGGGGGUAUUGAUUUCCAUAAGGGCUGUUACACUGGACAAGAGUUGACGAUCCGCACUCAUCAUAGGGGAGUGGUCCGUAAGAGGAUAUUGCCGGUGCAGCUUUAUGAUAUAGACGAAACGAUGCCAAAGACUGAGACACCGUAUUACUCAUCAGAAUCUAAGUUGGUGUUACCGCCUGCUGGAGCUAAUAUAGCAAAGGUGAGCUCAAAGAAGGGCCGGAGUGCUGGAAAAUUCCUCUCUGGCGUGGGGAAUAUCGGGCUUGCGCUCUGUCGGUUGGAGAUGAUGACGGAUAUUGCUUUUACGGAUGAGUCAUCGCAAUAUGGCCCCGACCAGGAAUUCAAGAUAUCCUGGGAGGCUGAUCCAGAGGCGGGAGUUGAAAAGACUGGGGAGCUAAAGGUUAAAGCGUUGGUCCCACCGUGGAUGAGGGAUUUUAUCGUUAGUGGAGGGGCGAAGAAGCCGACUAUGCCAACCCCAAAGAGCGAUUGA